CUAGAAUAAAAAAACGUAACAAACUGAAGAGGAAAAAGGGGAGUGCUUAGUGUCUAUGCCUUCAUCUCUCCCAACUUCUCGGUUACAAUUAAUUAUAUGAUCUUGUCUAAUUCUCUGUUUCUAUUUCUUCUCGUAUUGUAUGUUUUAUUUUAGGCUUCUCUUGAAGUGUUAAAUUCCUUACGACAAAGAUUUGGUGUCGGCCUAGAAUGAAAAAUAGUGACCAGAAUCCGACGAAUGGGGAAGGGGAAGGAGGAAGCGAUAAAAAAGAGGUUUCAAAGCAGAAGGUGUCUUUCUAUAAGCUGUUUUCAUUCGCAGAUCGACUUGAUCUCGUUUUGAUGAUUGUCGGGACGAUCGCAGCGAUUGGUAACGGCUUGAUACAGCCGCUAAUGACGCUCAUAUUCGGUCAGCUCAUCAAUACUUUUGGCGCUACUGAUUCAUCACAGAUCUUACAUCAAGUGUCUAAGGUUUCUCUCAAGUUUGUCUACUUAGCUAUUGGCUCCGGCAUGGCUUCACUUUUACAGGUGAGCUGUUGGAUGGUGACGGGAGAGCGACAGGCAGCUCGAAUACGAGCAUUGUACUUGAGGACGAUAUUGAGACAGGACAUUUCGUUUUUCGAUACUGAAGCAUCGACAGGAGAGAUCAUUGGCAGAAUGUCUGGGGAUACGAUUCUCAUUCAAGACGCCAUGGGUGAAAAGGUUGGGAAGUUCAUACAGCUAGCGUCUACAUUCAUAGGAGGAUUUGCUGUGGCGUUUAUGAGAGGAUGGCUUCUAGCUUUAGUUCUACUUACAUGCAUUCCUGCUCUAGUUUUAGCCGGUGGAUCUAUGGCCUUGCUUAUGUCAAAGAUGGCUAGCCGCUCACAGGCUGCUUAUGCAGAAGCUGGAAACAUUGUCGAGCAAACAGUAGGUGCCAUUCGAACGGUGGCAGCAUUCACCGGAGAAGAGAUUGCAAUACAAAACUACGAGAGCAAAUUGGAGAUAGCUUACGUUGCUGCUGCUCGACAAGGGCUGGCAUCGGGAAUGGGGAUUGGCACGAUUUUACUUGUCAUAUUCAGCUCUUAUGGCUUUGCUGUUUGGUAUGGAGCCAAACUCAUCAUUGAAAAGGGAUACAAUGGUGGAGAGGUCAUUAACGUUAUCAUGGCUAUCAUGAUGGGAGGCAUGUCAUUGGGGCAGACAUCACCAAGCAUGAGUGCAUUUGCUUCAGGGCAAUCGGCAGCAUACAAGAUGUUCGAGACAAUCAAGCGCGAGCCACUGAUCGAUGCUUACGACACGAGUGGAGUCAUGUUGGAAGACAUUAAAGGCGACAUUGAGCUUAAAGAUGUCUACUUUAGGUACCCGGCAAGGCCAGAUAUUCAGAUAUUCAGUGGCUUCUCCCUCAAUGCUGCUAGUGGAACAACCACGGCUUUAGUAGGCCAAAGUGGGAGUGGGAAGUCAACCGUCAUCAGUCUAUUGGAGAGAUUCUAUGAUCCCGAGAGUGGUCAAGUGCUCGUAGAUGGAAUCGAUCUUAAGAAUUUCCAAGUUAAAUGGUUAAGAGAUCAAAUGGGGCUUGUCAGCCAAGAACCAAUCUUAUUCACUACAACAAUAAGAGAGAACAUAGCAUACGCUAAGGAAAACGCUACCGAACAAGAGAUCAGAACCGCAAUAGAGCUCGCAAAUGCUGCCAAAUUCAUCGACAAGUUGCCCAUGGGACUCCAUACUAUGGUUGGAGAACACGGGACUCAACUCUCGGGAGGUCAGAAACAGAGAAUCGCAAUUGCUAGAGCCAUUCUGAAAGACCCGCGAAUCCUCCUACUCGACGAAGCCACGAGCGCGCUCGACACCGAGUCAGAACGGAUUGUGCAAGACGCACUCACGAAAAUCAUGUUGAACAGGACUACCGUGGUAGUAGCCCAUCGUCUAACAACCAUAAGAAACGCGGACCUAAUAGCUGUAGUACAAACCGGGAAAUUAGUUGAGCAAGGAACUCAUGAUCAAUUGAUAAAAGACCCGAACGGGGCUUACUCACAGCUUGUUCGUCUUCAAGAAGGCACCAAAAAAGAAGACGAAAUUAUUGAAGACGUAGAUAAUAUAACAAUGGAAAGAUCACCGAGCCAAAGGCUCUCUUUUAAGAGAUCUUUAAGCAAAGGUUCUUCACCAGUUGCCAGACAUUCAUUUUCAGUUCCAUUCCCACUUCCAUCUCCUGUGGAAGUUGAACAGGGGGAGGAUGAGGAUGAAGACGACACGGACAUUAAAGAAGUAAAGGAACAGAGACGACGUAAAGUAUCUGUUAAAAGGUUAGCUUACCUUAACAAACCUGAAUUACCGAUUUUGUUGGUUGGAACAAUUGCGGCUGGAAUACAUGGAAUAGUUUUCCCCAUAUUCGGUCUCCUCCUUUCUUCAGCAAUCAAGAUCUUCUACGAACCUACAGAUCAGUUAAGAAAAGAUUCGAAAUUUUGGUCACUCAUGUAUGUGAUGAUGGGAGUUGUAAUCUUCAUAGCCUUGCCUAUUCAAAAUUACUUCUUUGGAAUGGCUGGAGGUAGGUUGAUACAAAGAAUCCGCUCCUUAACUUUUCAGAAAGUUGUCCACCAAGAAAUAAGCUGGUUUGAUAACCCUGCAAAUUCAAGUGGUGCAGUUGGGGCGAGGCUAUCUACGGAUGCAGCCAAUGUGAAGAGUCUUGUGGGUGAUGCAUUAGCCUUAAUUGUACAGAACAUAGCGACAGUAAUGGCGGGUAUUAUAAUCGCGUUUACUGCUAAUUGGAUUUUGGCACUGAUAAUUCUAGCUGUGUUACCUUUAAUGGGAGUGCAAGGAUAUGUUCAAAUGAAAUCCCUUAAAGGUUUCAGUAAAGAUGCUAAGGUGAUGUAUGAAGAAGCAAGUCAAGUAGCGAGCGAUGCUGUUGGAAGUAUAAGAACAGUUGCUUCGUUUUGUGCUGAAAAGAAGGUGAUGGAUAUGUAUCAGAAGAAAUGCGAAGGUCCUAUGAAGAACGGAGUUAGAACUGGACUUAUUAGUGGUUCUGGUUAUGGCUUCGGCUACUUCAUCCUCUUCUGCACAAAUGCUUUCUGUUUCUACAUUGGAGCUGUUUUGGUUCAGCAUGGAAAAGCCAAUUUUUCAGAGGUUUUCAAGGUAUUCUUCGCAUUAACAAUGGCUGCAAACGGGAUUUCACAAUCGUCAGCCCUUGCUCCUGACAGUAACAAAGCUAGAGACUCAACAGCGUCCAUAUUCGAAAUUCUGGAUGCAAACCCGAAGAUUGAUUCGAGCAAAGACGAAGGAACCACUCUCACCGAAGUGAAAGGGGACAUCGAGUUGGAUCAUGUCAGUUUUCGAUAUCCAUUACGUCCUGACAUUCAAAUAUUCAAAGACAUAUGCCUAACCAUCCCAGCAGGACGGACGGUUGCACUCGUCGGAGAGAGUGGCAGUGGGAAAUCUACAGUAAUUAGCUUAAUAGAGAGAUUCUACGAUCCAGAUUCCGGCCGUGUUCUUAUCGACGGAGUUGAAAUUAGAAAAGUUAAACUAAGUUGGCUAAGGCAACAGCUAGGGUUAGUAAGUCAAGAACCGAUUCUAUUCAACGAAACAAUACGUGAAAACAUAGCAUACUCUAAGAAAGGUGAACUAUCAGAAGACGAGAUAAUAUCAGCAGCGAAGGCUGCGAAUGCACAUAAUUUCAUAGCAGGAUUACCUCAAGGAUACGAGACGAACGUCGGAGAAAGAGGCGUGCAAUUGUCAGGCGGUCAGAAGCAACGUAUAGCGAUAGCUAGGGCUAUGUUGAAAGAUCCGAAGAUAUUGUUGUUAGAUGAAGCGACGAGCGCACUUGAUGCAGAAUCGGAACGGAUAGUUCAAGAUGCAUUGGAUAAAGUGAUGGUGAAUCGAACUACGGUAGUGGUUGCUCAUCGAUUGAGUACGAUUAAAGGUGCGAAUCUGAUUGCGGUUGUGAAGAAUGGUGUGAUUGAAGAGAAAGGAACGCAUGAAACGUUGAUGAAGAUAACUGAUGGAGCUUAUGCUUCUUUGGUGAAGCUGCAUACCAGUGCUGCUUCAACCUAAUCUGUUCGUGAUUCUUCUUCUGAAAGUGAUGAUGGA